AUGGAGAAGAUUGACAUGGUUUCCAAGGCCAAGGGCUGUGGUCGUGCCCCCGCGCCAUGUAGAAAUGCGGACACGAUCAGCAAUACCGGAGAAAAACUGAAGCACUUGCACGUGAGUGCACUGUCAUUGCUGCACUUUACCAAGAAUAUGAGCUCGCGCGUGAAAGAAGCUGGCGAGAAUAAUUGUCAAGCCGGCACGACUUCAUGGUACCGCUAUGGUAACCUAAAUUACCAACGUAGUCGCGAGGCAAUGAAGGUAGGGCAGCAUCACGCCGCUUAG